AUGAGGGAAUACAGCUGGAACAGUUUCAAGGGUUUAAUCUUUGGAAAUCCUGCAGUUGUCGACCAGGAUCCACAUGUGGAUGAUGGAGAUGAGAAUACUGAGCGAGGGAACUGGGCCAGCAAGACAGACUACAUCCUCUCCACCAUCGGCUAUGCUGUUGGACUGGGAAAUAUCUGGAGAUUUCCAUAUUUGGCCUACAAGCAUGGAGGAGGUGCCUUUCUUAUCCCUUACUUUCUGAUGUUGGUGGUGGCUGGAAUUCCUCUUUACUUCCUGGAAAGUGCCUUCGGGCAGUUUUGCAGCCAAGGCCCGAUAAACGUAUGGAGAGCAGUGCCACUGCUGCAGGGUGUUGGCCUUGCCAUGGUUAUGGUGACUCUAAUAGUCUCAGUAUACUAUAACGUGAUCAUCGCCUACAGCCUGUACUACAUGUUCGCCUCCUUCCAAUCUCCUCUGCCCUGGUCCAGCUGCCUCGGUCAGACUGACAGUAACUGCAGCAGCACGCCUAUAGUGCACUGUAAUAUAAGUGGUGUUAUAGUGGCCAACUGGACUCAUGAAAACAGCACGUGUCCUUCAUCCAACUUGAUCAUGGUUCCAGUGCAGAGCCCGAGUGAGCAGUACUGGGAUGUUGUGGCUCUGCAGAGGUCCAGUGGACUGGAUGAAACAGGACCAGUAGUUUGGCACUUGGCCCUCUGUCUGCUGCUGAGCUCCAUCAUUGUUGCUGCAGCGCUCUUUAAAGGCAUCAAGUCAUCAGGCAAAGUUGUGUAUUUCACAGCUACAUUUCCUUAUGUGUUGAUUGUGAUCCUGCUAAUCAGAGGCGUGACACUAGAGGGAGCCAGAGAAGGGAUAGAGUUCUACAUUGGUUCCCAGUCCAACUUGACAAAACUGACAGAAUCACAGGUUUGGAAAGAUGCAGCGAGUCAGACCUUCUACUCCCUCUCCAUUGGUUGGGGUGGAGUCAUGACACUUGCUUCCUACAACAAAUUCCACAAUAAUAUGUUCAAGGACUCAUUUAUUAUAACCCUGACUAACGCUGGUACCAGUGUGCUUGCAGGCUUUGCAAUAUUUUCAAUCUUGGGUCACAUGGCUCACGUCUACAAACUGCCUGUUGGAGAGGUGGUGAAGGACGGAUUUGGCCUGGCAUUCAUAGCAUAUCCAGAUGCUCUGUCGAAGCUUCCUAUCUCCCCUCUGUGGUCGGUUUUGUUCUUCUUCAUGCUUUUGACUGUUGGUCUGGACUCUCAGUUUGCAGGAAUAGAGGUGAUCACCACCUGCCUGCUUGAUGCCUUCCCUAAAGUCUUCAAAUCCAAACGAACUUUAUUGACGUUAACGACAUGCUCCAUCCUCUACCUGCUGGGCCUGCCAUGUGUCACAAGGGCAGGAAUAUACUGGGUGACUCUAAUCAACGAGUUUGCUGGCAGCUGGGUGCUGCUAUUUUUGGCUCUCUUCGAGAUCAUUGGUGUCAGCUACAUAUAUGGAGGUAACCGUUUUAUUAAAGACAUUGAGAUGAUGAUUGGAAAUAAGAGUUUCGCUUUCUGGCUGUGGUGGAGGGCGUGCUGGUUCUUCAUCACCCCCUGUAUCAUAGUGGUGAUCCUGAUCUGGUCUCUGAUGGACUUUAAGCCCCCCACCUAUGGAGGAAUCCAGUUCCCAGACUGGGGUUUGGCUCUGGGCUGGUCCAUGGCUAUAUUCAUCCUCACCUGCUUCCCAGUCGUUGCUGUGUAUAAGCUGAUAAGAGCAAAGGGAAGCCCCUGGAAGCGUCUGAAGUCACUGUGCUCUCCAGCUGAAGAGUGGCAUCCCUACCUGGACGUCCAUCGAGGAGAACGCUACUCGCAAGAACGCUGCCGUCUCAGGAUGAGCCGUAAAACCAAACCAGAAGUAAAUGUGAAUGUAAUCUCCAGCUCAUGGCUCUGAUGCAUUACAUUUUCUUGAAGAAUGGUCUUGCUGCAGCAGCGUAAUCUGUGAAAGUUAAAGUUACAUAAAAAGAGUUAUGACCUCUGGGAGGCAGAAAGUGACUCAAACACAAACCAAACACCAUUUCCUGCUGGGCCAGGCAUUAUGCAACAAACUUGUGUGAGGUCAUGUGUUUACAGAGUCACUCAGGACUCGACCACACAGACCAGUGAUCUUAAACAAGUGAAAACGUGCUGAAAGCUUUUUAGAACAAUAAUAGCACCGCUAACAUGAAGGAAAUCAUUUGAUUUAAUGUAUAUAUCAACAAUGUUGCUCCAUGUGGCUUUAGAAUCAGGUAAUGUGUCUUAUUUUAUUAAUGAUCCUUUUUUUAUUAUUAUUUAUCUCACUGUCUUUCAUCCAAAAUGUUUCAUGUCACUAUACAAUCUUUUGUUACCCACCUCUGAUUUUCUACAAUAAAUAUCUUCUUUCUCUGA